AUGAUCAACACAAGGCCUCGCUCCAUCUCCUCUCCCGGCCCGGAUUUGGAAGAUACCACAGGAACAUUGGUGCGCCACGCGAGAUCUGCAUCUUUUCAAGGCAGGUCUUGCUCCGAGAGUUCUAGGAAAGUCACCAGUGAUGCUUUUGACGAACUCCUCAUUCGGUUGCGGCAGAAAAACAUUUCCACGGUGCGGAUAAAAAAGCAUGGCUUCCAAUGGCUUCUCGAAAGAUCACAAAGAUCACCGGGUGCACUUAGUAUCUUCCAGUCGUUUCAUGCAACGCCCAUGACAGUAUCAAAUCGAGAACUAAAAGAGAUUCUUAACCUGGAAGUCUCCUCACGUUCCUCGUCGCCCACAACUCCUGGUCACCACUUCUAUUUAAGAUCUUGGUCUUUGUCCGCCGAUGGACUCUCGAAAGUGUUGAAUUACAUGACCGAUAAUGAAGACACGUUUUCUGAAACUGCUAGAUGGCGAGAAAUCCUUGAGCUACACGACAGCAACAACAUCUAUCGGCCGAAGAGUUUCACGAUUCGGUACAUUGGGACUUGCAAGGGGCCUAAACGCCCUUACGAUCGCUUUGUCAAAGAUAUUUGCGGCCUAGAUCAAGGCAUUCUCCACGAAUUUAUGAAAGUAAUGCAACUUUUGAUGCCAGAAGAGUUCCAAAAUGCUGAGGUACAUCUGAUAAGUGGAGCAUCGCUCAUAUUUCAGGCACAAUACCACGCGGAUGAUAUCGAAAGAGUUCUGAUCGAGUUUUUCGGGCACAAGACUCUACUAAAUCGCCAGUCUGGUGGGAAGCAUUCAGCCUAUGUCCCAAACAGUUCUGAUACUACCAAUUUCCAAAGACUACAUACCAGAUUCUACAACAAAUUUCACCAAAACAGCUCCAUCGCAGAUGGUGAAAUGUCUCAGAAACUUGGCUUGUUUUUCGAUCGAUUACAUGACUUUGCCAACAUAAACCCCAUGAUAACAGGAACUAAUAUCCACCGGUAUACCCACUCGUUGAAAAAGAUCCAAAUGGAGCAAGCAAUUCCCCGGCUCUACCGCGGAACCUUUGCACUGCAUGUGACUUUGGGGAGAGACAUUACUCUGAAGGAUUACAUUUCGGAGCAAGCUUUCCUAAGAGGAACCUCUCGGGCUGGGCAACUUGCAAAAGACUUUUUGCGGCGGCUGGCUCACGCUGAAGCGAAGAGCAAUGGAGAUCCUUGGAAUGAUUCAGACUUUGAUGUCUCAAUUUUUCCAUUCGUCAAUCUUUGGCCUUGGUUGAAGCACCAAGGACUAGAGGUUGCCUGUUCCUUCACCCGGAAGUACAUGCAAAUUGUUCGCCCUCUGGUCUUGAGCUCCCACAGCCGACGCGUCUGUGCGAUUGUGCAGAAUAACCUUCUUCCCGAGCAUGGAGCAUUUUCCAACUCCUUCAUAUCUCAAACUGGGGAGCUGGCACUUCAAUAUUAUUCGGAGCCAAAUCCAGCAGGAAAUUUCAACGAUGAGUAUGCCUAUAUACACAUUCCCCACAUCGACCCAGGAAGGGAUAAAUACGGAAGCUUGGUCACAGAACUGAGGAGGGUCAUAGACCUCACGAAUCAACUGACCUUCCUAGUCUGCGACAUAGCUAUGAAAAUUAUCGAUCUCAAUUCAGACAAAUCUAUUACCCAAAGCCGGAAGGAGCUUUGCAAUACCAUUCUUGCUCAUACAAGAGCCUUUCUAGAAGGAUCAGAACAUGGUCGGCGCUUUACCCACUCUCUCACUUCAGCCAAGAAAGCUCUCCAGUCUCGCUUUGCAACUACGUACAACAGAAUAUCUGGAGAAGAUGCUCGCUCUAUUUUAAGUGGCAGAGGGAGAAGUAAGAUAAGAGCUAUGGGAGAAGCAGAAGGGGAACCAUACAGUCCACAGCGACGACAACAACUAGAGAAACUUUGGGGCCAACAUACUGCCCUCCACAAAGUCAUUCCUUUCGAAUCGAGGAAUAAUGAAGUAUGGAUCAAAGAAUUUUUGCCACUUCAACAACAGCAAUCGUACUUUUUAGCAGCAGCCAGUCGCCUUUCACCUGACGAUUACGUAUCUUACAUGAUUGAAAUAUUCCGUCCAUCUUGGGCAGAGGAAGAUUCAUGGCUUCGCACGAUUGGUGUUACAACGAAACUAAUUAUGCUAUCUGGACUGUGGAUUCACAAACAGAUGGGGGUCAAAAAAGACUUUAUAAAGAGGCAUUUCCCCGAUGAAUUCAUCACCACUUCGCGAAUGCAAGGACAUGAGAUCGGCGUGCACCCAGACAAGGGUAGGUUCACAUUGCGAUGGAAGAAGAUCGAUGGGACUUCGGUCAACCUCCGCUUGACUUCAAGCGUUUCAAUCCCUAAAACUGAGACUGAGAUACGCGCUAUAUCAUUUACGGAACAUGGCAUCGAUAUCGUUGAUGCUUGGGGAGCUCCCUUUCGACCAAAAACUCACGACGGGAACUUCAUACCAGCUACAAUUCCUCGAAGCUCAUUUAGAAAUUUAGAGAAUGGGCACAUCUUGAUUAACCUGUGGACAGAAGUUCUCAAAUAUCGAGGAAUUUCUAUACCUUCUCUAGAAAUUAGAGGAGACAUGAGGGUUUGGCAAGGCCCUCUGGGAGUGGCCAGGAUAUCAGCUGUUGCGAAGAAGGAAAUCCCAAUUCAGAAUCGACCGCCUAAGCUUCUUGAUGCCAACUAUCUUCUCAACAAAUUUUUAGACGAAAGAUUUCCCCAAGGAGGUGUUUUUCGCACUGCACCAAAAGAUCGAAUUCCUACAUCCACGGAAGACCUGCAGGCUUUCGUAGCCUUUCUCCGAAGUCCAGAAUACGCUUUACAUCCCUACACAGAAGUUUGGCUUGCAGAUUUGGGCAGUAAUAAACCAAAAGUUGCUGUUCUUUUCAAAAAUAUCCAAAUCUACAGGGAGUGCCGGAAGGAACAUAGUCAGAAGUACCAAAAUCACUUAAAGCACUUGAGGGAAAAGCAACGUUACGUUGGGGAGACAAGUUUCCAUAUCGGCCCGAAACAAUCGCCAAAUGGUUAUUUUGCACAAUCAACAAGUCUUCUCAAAUCUACCAGCUUAUUGACGCUUAUAUCUCAGCAAAACCAGCAAAGAUCGCCAAUCAGCGAGGGCGGAGGCGGAAACAAGACUAGCAAAAGCCUCCCAUUGGAAGACAACGACCGAUUUAAAGCAUUUCGGCAUUCCACGCAAAAGUCGACUCCGUCCUUGGCCGGCCAUUCUCAUUCAGUAUUCCCUUCCAAGGGGGGAAUUCAACAAGUCCAUCAAGAGGAAUUGCACGGUAACGGCGAAAGGAAGGCGAGAGAUGAAAUGAAUGUUGAGGCUAAGCAAUGCUUUAUUGAAGAUGGAGAUCAACCCAAGCAUUCCAGAUACUCCAAACCUGUGCUUUCGUUCACUGAUGAACCUCAUCCAUUCUUGCCCCCCAAGACCAAGUCCCAUGCAUACUCGCGAGACGGACUUGGUGGCGCGGCCAACACUGAAGACGAGAACGACGUACAGAUGCGAGGCAUAAAACGUCCAAUGGAAAACGAUGAGCAACUUCAACACUGCACUUACGCAAGCAACUCUCGUCACGAAACUAGAAGGCGGAAAGAGAGGCGGACAAGAAUGUAA